AUGGACGGCGACAAUAUACACAACCAGGUACGGACAUCAGGAAAUGUCACCCUCCGAAAGAACAAUUUGCAACGCAACCGGCCGGACGAAAUGCAAUCACUGGUUUCAGAAAUCUGCUUAUUGAGAGAAGGUAUGGCAAAGCUUCAAACUGAAUUCACAAGCCACUUCGAGACUUUAUCAGAAAAACUUCAGAACUACAAUACACGUAUUCUUAAGCUAGAAGAGCAAGAAAAGGAGAAUUCUGUACUUAAAAUAGAAGUUUCUGAGCUCAAACGCCAGCUAAACCAACAGGCCCAGCUAUCUCUUAACUCAGAGCUAGAAAUAAUAGGUCUCCCUGAAACUCCCAACGAAAACCCAUUUCACAUGGUUCUAACUACAGCCACAAAGAUUGGGAUGAAGCUAGAAGAAGCUGAUGUGAACUUUGCAUCCCGAGCAGGCCCACGCCAUUCCAGUGGUAAAAAUGACAGUCGACCUCGUCCCUUGGCGAAGCGCGAAGAGUUUUUCAAAAAUGCGAAAAUGCGGCGCUCGGCCCUAACCACCAAGGACAUAGUACCAGCUGGACCCGAAAUGAAACUGUUUGUAAAUGAGCGCCUGACCAGUACUAGCCGGCGGUUAUUUCGUGAUGCCCGGGCUUGGAUUAAGGAGAAUGGAUUUAAAUACUGCUGGACUCAAAGAGGAAAUAUAUAUAUCAGAAAGCACGAGGGUCGAGACGGAAGCCCGGCCCAUCAGAUUCGUUCUCUUGAGGAUCUCCAGAACUUCUCAGACAAACGUAACGAAUAA